AUGGACGGUUGUCGCAGGAGUAAAAGUUCGGGCGGCGAUGAGUGUUGCGGAAUGAGCAGCAAUGUAAUGGAGGUAAGAAAUUUUUUGGUUCUGUUAUCAAUAUAUGCCCUGGGCAUGUUGUGCAAUAUAAUUUAGUGAUAUUGAAAGCUACUAUGAUAUAAACUCGAACAUUCUAUGCUAAUGAAAAUAACACCAUAAAGCUGCGACGUUCAACUACCUUUUAUUCAGGUUAUUGAAUCGUUUGCAAUCUGUAGCUUACUGGUAUAAUGCUCCUGUAGCUAGUGCACAGAUAAGUUAUAUUUUUUGUAUUCAGAUUGAUGGCGAUACUUUUGAAUUUGUUAACCAUUAAGUGACGAUGCACACUACUUUAGUAUUUUUCUCUGCCGGACAAUUUUACUUGUCAAGGGGAGAGUGCUGCCAUUUGAUGGGUUAAUCUAUUACUGCAAUUUACCCUAUGCGAAGCGAUUCUACUCUUGGAGAAUUUUAGUGCCAGAUUGUUGCAACAGUCGGAAAUUAUCGAUUACCGAUUAUUAUUCAUGCCGCAAUCUGCCAGAUACCGAUGCCAAUAUCGAUUUUAUAAUGAUAUCAGUCGACCAAGGUAACAUGAUUGAUGACGAUUUUUUAACAAUAAUUUCCAACGUAACGUUACUGCAACCAAAGAUCGUUAAAACUGUUAAUAAAUGACACGCUUCACACAUUAACUUAACAUAACAUUUAACAUCAACGUGCAAUGCAUAUAAUUUUUAAAGUGAGUAUUUUCUCAACAAUCUGAAAUAUAGACAAUUAUACCGAUUCCGAUUGUCUAUCGAUAAGGCAAAAAUCAGCCCAAUGCCGAUGCUGAUUAUUGGUCAAUCACUAGGAAAUUUGUUGGGCACCGGUAUCUCUGCCACUGUCGGCAAGCUAAGCCAGUUGAUCCAGUUCAGCUGGUUCUGGAGAAGGUUCACAGACGUUACCGAGAUCUCCUUAGUACACUAAGUUGAGAGAAUGCGUGCUUACUCCUUUUCAUUCUCCCCCAAAUGGUCAAAACUUGGGGUCUACACUCCUGGGGCCGGUUGUAUUAAUCUCUUAAUCACUUUUUUAAUCACUUUUUUAAUCACUAUUUUGUAGUUAAAUAGUGAUUAACUCUCAAAUACGCGCUUCUUAUUGGAUGAUGUUUCCACUAACUGUAGUUAAUUUUAAUCACUUUUUUAUACAACCGGCCCAGGUCCACAGAAAGUGAGGAAAUUUAAAAUAAGAAAUAUUUUUUGUGAACAGACUCGUAAGAGGCACAUGUCGACCUCUAUGUACCCUCUACUGCAAAUAGGGAUAUAAUUCAAAUUUAAGGGAACUUAGUGGACCAGUAAUGCCCAAGAAUUUUUUUGUGUAAAAUCAUCUGGCAUUGGAAUAAUAUAAUUUAGUUGGAUACUGCAUCAUUAACAGUUACUAAAUUGGUGAAGAUUGCAAGACAUUUCACCUUUUUUUUUGUGCUAAUAUUAUUAAAAUUUUAUUUGUGAUGGGGUUUUUUCCACCAGUUCUCAGAAGAACAGGAUGUAACUGUCAAAAUUUGUAUAAUGCUACAUGUACAUGUCUCGUAUCUUAUUACGAAGAAAAGAAAGAGAUUGAUUAAUGGUUAAUUAAGUAAAGCCUAUAUACUGUCAGAGCAUCUUGUAGACAUUUUCCAGUGGGGGGCCAAAACCAAGAUUAGGGUCACUCAGGGUAAGAUUAUAGGGCCCAAUCUUAGUGCCAGGGCUUACGGGGCCAAAUGGCCCCCAGUGUAUAUGUUAAAAUAUACCUUGUUUAGCGUACUCCAGGUAAUGCCUAGUAAAGAUCGAGACUAAAAUGUCCACCUGAACAUUUAUUUGCAAACUUAACUGAAAAAGUUCGUGAAAAAUUUCCCUCGAAAUUGCAUUUAUCGCGUGACACGUUGAUCGUCCCUGUAAAUACUUAGCUUAUGUUUGACUAUCGAAUAGGUAAAUAUGGUUUGUUUAGCUUUAGAUUCGUCAAAAAAUGCCGCUUUGAAACAUGCCUGAAAAUUAUGCCGGAUGUUUGACCCAACGCAGUUAUAACGUCAUUUACACAGGAAAGGGAAGAUAUAUUAGUGUCAGUGGUUAAAGACUGUGCUUAUUGCAAGAAUUUCCUCAUUUUUGUGAUAUUUUACUCAAUGGAAUAGUUCGGAUUAUUGUAUGCAUCUUUUUUUAAAAACGCGCUACCCCUAGGCUAAACCCUGCGUGACUCCAGAGAUUAAGCGUACGUUCUAUCCAAAUUUAAACUGUCUUGGGACAUCAUGGUUUGCGGGAUUUUCUCCAAUUUUUUUAAUGUAUGAAAUAUUUUCGUGACUUGACGCGUGCUGAUUUUAAAACCUGUUUCGUUUGUUCACACGGGAAUCCGUAGGGUUCCGGUUUCAACGCCAUGUCGCAGUUGGAGAAAUCGUGCAAAUGUUUCUGUGUAUCAAUAUCGCAAAAUGUUCUUUAUUGGGCUAAUUUCCACUACUCAACUUUUGCCUAAAACUGUCGCUUGCAACCUGCUUACAACUUGAGUUAAACUGUAUAAAUAAAGUACACACGCAAAAACGCGAGCAAAAACGCACAAGUUGUUACAGGUCUGCAAACAAGUUGUUACAAAUCUGUUCACAAGCUGUCGACAAGUUGUGUUCGCACUGCUUGUUCCCAGUUGUUGUAACAAGUUUUGGAACAAUUAGCUGUUAACAACUUGUAACAAGCUUGAUGGCAUUAUCAGACUUGUAGCAUGAAAGUUGUUCUAACAAGUCUGAUACAGUCAUGAUAUAACAAGAAUGGUACAAGGUUGAUGACACAAGGUUGUAACAGUAUUGUUAUAUCAUGACUGUAUUGGACGUGUUGGAACAACCUUGCAACAAGUCUAAUAAUAUCAACAAGAUUGUUACAAUGUUUUUAUGUUACUCUGAGUGUCACCUGAGUACAUAACAUCAAAACACACACAAAAAAUAUCAAGAUUGUUACAAGUUGCUAACAGUUUGUUCCUUGAUUUACACAGUACAACUCAAGUUAUAGGCAGGUUGCAUGCCGGUUUUAGGCAAAAGUUAUGUAGUGGAAAUCGAUCUUUACAUGUUAAUCACGUUAUUCAACUUUUACACUCCGCUAUUUACAAUGUCAAUGGUCUACGACAAACUGUCUCACAAAAUUGUCUGGCAUUUUCACAAGAACAACAACACUAUUUCGACCUGGUUACUUUUCCUGUUUUGAAUCGUUUCACGUGUUCGUAGUUUUACAUUCACGUGUUCGCAAUUUCUUACAUAACAUUGAUUUGUUUGAUCUGCCCGAUUAACCAAUCAGAUGCGUGCACCCGGUGAACGUUUGAGGCAGCUGUGGAAGUCAAAUUUGAACCUCCGCUCUGAAUAACAGGAAGUUUUUCGUUUGAUAGUCCUGAGGCCUAUAUGGCGCCAGAUCAACACAGGUUUUACUUGUUCCAAAACCCAAUAUACGCUGUUUUUAAUCUUCUUUGUUGCAAGUAUACAAAACUGAAUUAAUGGUUUACAUGGAUAAUUUAAAAGGUCAAACUUUUACGUCUAUUUACAUUAUUAUUAUUUAUUAUUCUUAUUACAAGCUUACAUAGCGCUUAUAACACGUAUAGUCGAUUUAAUCUUAGGGAAAUGAUUCCUUGUUUAACACUAUGCCAGUUCCCUCGAACAUUUUUUCUUACAAAUCCUUCAAAACUUAGAAUUUACCCAUGCAAAAUUCCUACAGAACUUUGAUAAUAUAAACUAGGCUUUGGACAUGGACAGAAAUUGAGAUAUUUUGUUUAAAAUUACAAAUAUUACAUGAAAAGCAAGCCUACAGAAAGGUUAACAAUAAGGUACUACUAAAUUUAUUGUAAGAAUGUAGCGAAUAUGUAGAAAUAGUCACAUAAAGACACAGUUUGGAAAAUGUGCUGACCAGAACCGCGCGAAAAGUGGCCUGAGUCGAGGCUGUGCAGCUACCUUGAGAAGCUCGUGGAUUGGCUAAUUCUUGACGGGUUUUUUUUGAGAUAGGGACUUAAAAACCAUAGUCCUGCUAAGACCUUUGUCGAUAGAUGCGUUUCCUUAAGGGAAAUAACGCUGAAAAGUAUAAACAGAAUUUCGGCGUUUUGAGCGAAGGCCCUUUUCCCUAGCUCUAUAGGGGAUAAACAGUCCCUCAUUGUUCACUUUAUAUGGAAACUAAAAACUACUUCGACUUACCUAUCCAAUGGUAAUUUAGGGUCAAUUGUCGAACUUUUCAUGCGCCGAACCUAAUGCAAAGUGGAACAAAAAACUUAGCUCAUUAACAUUCGUUUCGGCACAUGAAAAGUUCGACGUCUGACCCUGGCCUUAAUCAUUUUAUAAAAUUGAUAACUGAACCUCGUACCCAAGGCGUUUUAACGAUUAAAAAGGUUCUGGUGCAUAAAUGUCAUAAGCUGCACUGAUAAUCUGUCACAUAUCUGCAUAUCUACUGAACACCUUAUAAAAGCAAUCUUGAACCUUAGUCUUACAACUGGUGUAUUACGACUUCGUAAAUACUGAUUGAAGAUUUUUAAGCUUUAGUGAUCUAAUUUUGGUAUAUAUGCGUGUUUUGGCUUGUUGUAUACAGCCCAGCUCAGAUUAAUAAACUUGAUAAAUUAAGUUUUGUAUGUUACUGGUAAACUACAUCAAAUAUAUGUAGAUUCUUUAUAAUAGUCCUCCUCAUAAUUGCCCUACAAGUAUGGCCUUUGUAGAGUUAAUUGGAUAUUCGUAUGAGCUCCGGUGAUCCAGUGGCAAUGUUAGUUUUCAAAACUUGUUGAAGGAUUUGAAGUGGUAAAAACAAAAAUCUUGACUCAAAUAAUUCCAAGUCUAGCUAUCAAUACAUGCGUAACGUUCGUCAACUAGUGAUGGUUGGAGCUUUACAAUCGUUCAUAUUAAGUGUUGACCUUUGUCAAUAAUUGGAUUUCGUAGGCUUCAGUGAGCCAACUUCCUCAUUGCUACAUUUUGAUAUCCGAUGCACCGAAAUUGACCUGAACGCGAGUUAAGACGAAUUAGAUUCACAAGAAACGUUUAUUCUAAACUAGUAAUAUUAUACAUUUAGUAAUUUUCACGAAAAUGCCUUCUUUUUUAUAGAAAUACAUGCAGUGUAUAUGUGUUUCAUUGCAAAGUUGCAUGAAUAUAUACUUCCUUGUUAUAAUAUUAUAGUCUCCGGAAUAUCAGGGGAGCAAUUAGCAUUUCAGCAUAAGACUUCCGUUAGAAUGGUUAUAGUGUGAUAUCAUCUUUGCUGUGAUUGAGCUCUAUUUUUGAUUGAGCUCUAUGUAAUAAGCCACAAUGGAAGAUCAAGAAAAAGCUAUGUAAUCGUACUUACGUAUGCUGCUAUCUGCUUCUAAUGUUGGCGCGUUUGCAUAAUUACAAAUUUGGAUGAAAAGUUAAGCGUGUCAUGGAGUCAGCACGGACAACACAGGCAAGUUUCUCUGGUAGAUCAGCUAAAUGAGCACAUGGUUUCGCGAAUGACCAUCGUGCAGAAGAUCGUGGCGAAUCUGCAGUUAUUUGAGUCAGAAAAUAAUCUUAAUUCUUUUCAUUAUAUGUAGUGAUGUAUAGUCGGAAAUGCAUAAAAUUGGUAUAGCUGUAGUUUCGAUGUUUACUCCGAAGGCCAUACGUGUCAGCAGUUUUGUGGUUGACAUCCAGAUGCUAUUCUGUAACGCUUAUAUCCCGAACCUCGUUAAUACAAAUUUGCUUUUAAUUGGGAACAGUAGUUUGCAUGAUCAUAUAAUGGUAAAAACCCAACAGUCUAUUGAGUAUUGUUGUUGACUCGAGCCGUAUUUUGAACCUGCAAAUUCGUUUAAGCCUUAAGGGGGAUUGACGUUCUACCAACAGAGCCAUCGAAUCAUUGGGGAAUAGCGUGAAUUCAAAUCCAUAUUCAAAUGCACUAGAUAUUUCUGCGAGAUAUCUGCUUCCAUAAACACGUCUACGUAAUAUCAGCCCAUUUUUAAAUACGCAUUUAAUUAGAGUUAUUAUUAAGUGGAAUAAAAAUAACAUUGCUUGAAGUCUUGGUUAGAAACAGGCACGUUUUGCACAAGAAUUUUUCUGGACUGCUGCAUGUUUUUUCCAACUUUAUAAAUGUAAGUAUAGCUAUACUGAUUAUCAGACAGAAGCAUUAGGUUAACAACGAUAAUUUUUGGUAACGCAAAUGGUACGAUGAUUUUAGGUAAUGGCUAUAGAAUAAAUUACUGUCUUUCCCUGGUUGUAGUGUCUGGAUUUUGAUAACAUCUGCAGCCAUGACGCAACCAGAAUUGCUUUGGCGGGUACUUGAAUUCGGGCUUUAUAAAAGUGUUCAAUAUUUAUGCAAAUUAGACUUGAACUGACUUAGAUAAUGUAAUGUUAUGUAAUGUUCGUCGCUGGCCAGUCGUGUUCGACAAUGUGAAACAGACUGGAUCUGUGUGCUGUAAGUAAAUCAGUCUUUUCUGACUGUAGAGAUAUAUCAACACACUCUUCCAUUACAUUUGAAAUAGUCUUGAUCUAUCUCGUCUUUAUGUACUAUAUAUGUAAAUCAGUCUUUACUGACUGUACAGAUAUAUCGACACUCUAUUACAUUACAUGUGAAGUAGUCUCCAUCUAUCUUGUCUUUUGUGUGCUGUAUGUAAAUCAUCUUUACUGACUGUAAAGAUGUAUGACUUUCUAUUACAUUACAUGUAAAACUACAUUACAACAAACUACAAAAAAUUGUGUGGACGCUAUUAAAAUCGUGCGUUAUUGGCAACUCAAUGUCUGCAUGUAUGGGAUGUGUCUCAUGAAUUUAACAAAGCCGCAUUUACAAGACAAGUUAUCGAAGACGCGCAUACAGCUAGCGUUUGAAACACAACAUAAUGGUUAAUGAAGUUCAGACAUUUCUUUAUUAUCUGAUUCCUUUCCUUAUAUGGUGUGCAGUUUCAGCUAUCGACUUCCCUGGCAAACGUUGAAAAAAAAAACUUGUGGGAUGAAACAAACUUCAAGUGAGAUUUUUCCCAGCACUAGAAACGGUGUCGCUAAGGAGUGUUGUGUGCUGAGAACAGUUCGCGUGUUUUCCGUUCAACUAUCUGAUGCAGUAAAAAUGAAUAUGACCAUGUUUGGUAGUUGGCUUGUUUGUGCAUCUUCUAUAGAAUAAUUCAUCUUUCUUUGUUAUAAACUUAUAAUCAACCAAGCACAGAACCUGUUUCUACUUUCUAUAGCUUGUGGUCAGACUUCAGAGCUCGACAACUGUAGGACUCUGCUGCAGUUGGUUAGAGCUCGACAACUGUAGGACUCUGCAGCUCAGUUGGUUAGAGCUUGACAACUGUAAGACUCUGUAGCUCAGUUGGUUAGAGCUUGACAACUGUAGGACUCUGCAGCUCAGUUGGUUAGAGCUUGACAACUGUAGGACUCUGUAGCUCAGUUGGUUAGAGCUUCACAACUGUAGGACUCUGCAGUUCAGUUGGUUAGAGCUUGACAACUGUAGGACUCUGCAGCUCAGUUGGUUAGAGCUUGACAACUGUAGGACUCUGCAGCUCAGUUGGUUAGAGCUCGACAACUGUAGGACUCUGUAGCUCAGUUGGUUAGAGCUUGACAACUGUAGGACUCUGUAGCUCAGUUGGUUAGAGCUCGACAACUGUAGGACUCUGCAGCUCAGUUGGUUAGAGCUUGACAACUGUAGGACUCUGUAGCUCAGUUGGUUAGAGCUCGACAACUGUAGUUUAUAGUUAAAUUUUUCACAACGGCUCCUGUUUAGGUCUAAAAUUGCAUACAAUCUUCCACUCGAAACAUUUAACUACACAAACCCUUUAAUUGAUUGUAAAUUCGCCUCGGUUGUAUUUAGCCACAGGCAAAAUAUGGCUUGUAAGUUGUAUGCAAAUUCAUGCAACUCUUGUUCUCGUUUGACCGGGGGACAUGAGAGUUGAGAAAACUCAAACCCAAACUCUCGCUUCUCAACAACUCAUCAACUUUCAUGCAACUUUUGUUCUCGUUUGACCGGGGCAUGAGAGUUGAGAAAACUCUCGUGCAAACUCUCGCUUCUCAACUCUCAUCAACUCUCAUGCAACUCUUGUUCUCGUUUGACCGGGGCAUGAGAGUUGAGAAAACGCUGAUGCAAACUCUCGCUUCUCAACUCUCAUCGACUUUCAUGCAACUCUCGCUUCUCAACUCUCAUCAACUCUCAUGCAACUCUUGUUCUCGUUUGACCGGGGCAUGAGAGUUGAGAAAACUCUCAUGCAAACUCUCGCUUCUCAACUCUCAUCAACUCUCAUGCAACUCUUGUUCUCGUUUCAUCGGGGCAUGAGAGUUGAGAAAACUCAAAUGCAAACCCUCAACUCUCAUAAUCGUUUAACAAGGGUUUUAGGGACUGUUUAUAUGGUCCCACUUAUCCGGGAUGUGACGUAUUUUGAGCAAUUGAAACAAGUCGCAGUUCAUCAUCUAACAAAAUUGCUUGUUACAAAUUAUAUGAAAUUCCAUGUUUUAGACAAAAAACAAAUGUUGUUGAAUGCUAUUAAGAGGCAAUUUUUUUCAAUGUCACGUAUUUGCAAUGAAAAGUGUUCAAAACCUAAAAUCUUUUUGGAGUUCCUCUCAAAAUUACUUUGUUUUAGCUUUAUUCUCUAGUUUAUAGAGUUAGCUACCUUUUUAAAUGCAUCUACCGGUUGAGAAACAUAAAAUAAUAGUUAAAAAUUGUCAAUUAAAAUACAAUUAUCAACGAUGUUUUAAAAUUGACGCCAUAUUUACAGCCAUAUAAGCAAAACUUACUGAACUUCAGACAUCAUUUUCUCUUUGGCGUAUCAUCUAAAAUCUCUUCAUUUUAGCAUUAUUUUACAGAUAAAGCACUAAUAAAGCACUAAACAUACUUUUUAAGUUUGCCGAUUGAGAAACGUAUCGAAAAAUAAAAUUUUGAAUUUAGUCAUAACCUCAAGUGAUAUAUUAUACGCACUAGUUUUGAGCGCGUGUUACGUAACAUACAAAAAAAUCUCCUCUUAAUCGUCUUCUUCCACUAUUUUAUCGCCUCGUUACCGGCAGCCGGAAGCCUGGGAACGAGGAUGCUACUUAACUUCUAGCGCGUUCCUAAUUUCUUUCAAACAAUAUUUAAAGUUAUCUAACUUUUGUUUAGGGAUGAAACACGUAUUUCAAUUGCUCAAAAUACGUAACACUUCAUUGAAUCCCGGGUAAGCGGGACCAUGCAUAUAUAAACAGCCCCUAGAAGAACUCGUUUUAUAAAUGCACCGAGUUGAGAAAUGUCUACGAGCUGGGUCUCUUUACUAUUUGAUAGACAAAUUAAGCUAAUUUCCAUCGUUGCUACCGUAUUUACCAGUUUCGAUAAGUGACAUGCCUAGUUACCAUUGUUCUAGUUUACAGAAACAAAGAAUAGAACAAAGGUAACCAAGUUUUAGAAUUAUCUACUUGAGUGAAUAACUGCUAUAAAUAAUUCCAAUUGCUUAGUUACGUUUGUUUUAUUCUAUGCGUCUGUAGACUAGAACAAUAGUAACUAGGCAUGUGGAUUAUCGAAACUGGUAAAUUAGAUAGCAACGAUCUAAAUCCAGCAUGUUCUGCCCUCUGGUGUGAUUGACACCUAUGCCCCCACGCUGUCAGCCCCCCAGCAUGCUUCACUCCAUCCUUAUAACUUCCUUCACAAUGCUUACUUUCUUUAUUCGCAACGCUGCUGCAGUUUAAAAGGUUUCGGCGCUUAUAUUGACUAAUUCGUUACGGAAAUACGGUUGAAUUGUGAAUUACGCGGUUAAGACGACAAGAAGGUAUUGAAAAUCUUGGAUGUAACUGGAAUUCCUAUGAAGGGAGCGAUGUAUUUCAGGGUUACAACAGCAUCGAUCCACCUGAAAAAUAUUAGCAUCGACAUUUAAAUCUUGAUUGAGUUAAAGCAUAGUUGGAAUACUCAUCAGACCUUUAUUUUGUUUACCCAGAGCUUGAAAUACCUGUCCCCAUGUAACAAUUCGUGAGAGCCAACUCUCGUCAGUUCUCGUUUCACCCCACGUGGCUUUAACACAAGUUUUUUUGUCGUUUUAGUUGAUGGAAGUGAACCGGCGUUGGAAGCAAGAAUACGACUUACUGAAGACGAAACAUCUGAGGGAAAAAUUAGAGCUUGAAGAAGAAAAUCACUCGUUUAAAGUGGAAGUAUCAAGGUUGAAAGAUGAGUUGACGAGGCUGGCGAAUGCCGUGAGCCAAGGCUCGCAUACGAAGUUGGAUUGUUUCAAUGGCCGCUCGGAUCAAGCCAGUCAGGGGAAUGGAAAUGUGGAUCAGUUGAUUAAGGAACAGGUAUAUAGAAAGACGCAUUAUUCUCUUGGCUUUACGAGUUUUACGCCUUAAUGCCUUAGGGGAAAGAUUAGGCUAAAUUUUUGGUAGCAACACAAUGAUGAAGGUUUUUUCCGGGCUGCAUAAACAAUUGCAACGGAUACGUCUUCCAAGGAAAAGGUUUUUAAUUAACAUCGUGUUCUGUCGAGUAAAAUGACAAAAAUUUAGAUUUAUUUCCCCACAGUCCAUGUGAGAAUUUUUUUCAUUUCCGCUAUCCGAUGCUACCAAGCACCUCAGAUUUUCUCCAAAUAUUUCGCUUUCCUGCCAUGACUGGACCUCUAGGAAGAACAGUUUAGAACUGGUGGAGCUAUCCAGUAUAAUGUUAGUUUGGUGUAGGUUAUUAACAAUGGAACUUUAUUUAUACUGGAUAGCUCUAUCAGUUCUAAACUGUUUCCCUAGAGGUCCAGUAAGAAUCAUCUCUUAUUGAACCAGUGUUACUACAGGAGGAAACUAAACUAAACUAACUUUAUUUAUACUGGAUAGCUCUAUCAGUUCUGAACUGUUCUCCCUAGAGGUCCAGUAAGCUGAUCAUACCUUAUUCGUAGUUUAGUUUAGGUUUCCUCCUGUAGUAACACUGGAUCAAUAAGAGAUGAUCCUUACUGGACCUCUAGGAAGAACAGUUUAGAACUGAAAGAGCUAUCCAGUAUAAAUAAAGUUAGUUUAGUUUAGGUUUCUUCCUGUAGUAACACUGGAUCAAUAAGAGAUGAUCCUUACUGCACCUCUAGGAAGAACAGUUUAGAACUGAUAGAGCUAUCCAGUAUAAAUAAAGUUAGUUUAGUUUAUAUCUGUUUCACAUGCACGAUUAUGCAAUAAAGUCUUUCACUAUAUUUUGCAACAAUCAAAAAUGAGUCAUCGCCAUAUGAUGCGGUAUGCAAACAAGGAAAUAGGAAGUUUUCAUGUAAGAUAUGCGUGUCGUGUUGCACACAUAUUGUGUAUUGUAUAGUCUGACAGCGACUUCCUCGUUAUCGAACUAAGACCCUUUCUCCUCCGUGGCGCCAAAGGCUUUUGAUAGUCUGCGUAGAAUGCUGGGGGAAAGGGAACGGGAAGAGAGAGUCUGAGGUCUAGUUGAAACGUCAAGCUUUUCAUGUUCCGAACUUGAUGCAGAUGAGUUAACACAAUGAGUUUAGGUCAUUUACGUUAGAUUCGGCCCAAGAGUAAUGCGACGUUUAAACUAGGACUUUUCACAUCUUUGGUGGCGCCAUCGUCAGAGCAAGGGCCUGUGCGGAGUCGUUCAUAACACUUACGUGAAGAGAGUCCGUCAACGCUCUGCCGAAAUUGUGGGUUUUCUCUGGGUACUCGGUUUUCCUCCCACAGGGAAUGUUGACAGGGUGGGUUGGGAUUAUACCCCUAACUGACCCUUCCACCGUAACUUUGCUCCGUGAUCAGACAUGAGUCAUAAGGCGGCUGCCAGAGGUGACCUUAGAAAACCUUCGACUCGAUCAGCUCUACAAUUAUUACGAUUACCAUUUCUACAGCGCAAUUUUGCCUGUGGAUAUGAUCAAAUGCGCUUUACAUCAUGUAUUUUUAUACACUCACGCGCACUUAACCAAUCAGUAAUCGUUGAGAGGGUCACGUGCCGAUCUAAUAUUUUACGAUAUUGGACAGGAACCUAUUGGACAGUUGCGAAUUGUGGCUUUUUUCAUGGUUUUCAACCCUUUUCGGAUGUUUUGUCAAUUUCAACGAUAUGGCAGAAUAAUGAAAAGAAUUUGGGACAUUAAUACAGUUUUUUCUACCAGUUUUGUUUAAAAUUAUAAAAGCGCGGGAAAACUUGUCUUCACGAAAUUUAUUUGUUUGCAACAGCCUAGAAGUUAGUAAUAUUAUUUUUUUUUCGUUAAAAUUAGGUCAAAUUUCCUUUAAACAUACAUGGAAAUGAGUUUAUUUAUGCACACAUAUUUGUAAAAACAGGUUUAUUACCACCUUUUUUUUAGUUAUUUAAGCAAAUUCGCCGCCGAUAUAUGUAGUAAUGUUGUUGCUGUAUUAGUCUCGCUGUAUUUACUUUAUCGCUUAUUGAUAAUAAGAUAAUUUUUGUUAUAGAAUUGUUUUGUUCGAUAUAAUAAAACUCCUAUUGGAUUCAUCUUCGCCCAAUAUGGCAAAAUAUUAAGUCUCGAUUUCAAUAUUAGGCUCGACCUUCGGUCUCGCCCAAUAUUGAAUAUCGACUCAAUAUUUUGCCAUAUUGGGCUCAGAAGAAUCCAAUAAUUAACAAUUAUUCGCCGAAGGCGAGGUGAUUAUCGGUGAAUAAAAACCGAGACGAAGUCGAGGUUUUUAUUCACGAUAAUCACCGAGCCUGAGGUGAAUAAUUGUUUUAGUAUAAUUUCAUAGGUGAUUAUAUGGAAAAAAUAAAAAAAAUACACAUUUCUUCGUCAUUUAAUUGACAAAAAGGCUUCGGCCGCCAUUUUGAAAAUCGCUUAGGUGAUUAUCGCGUAAUAAUCACCUCAACGGCAACCAAUCAACGGCAACCAAUCAGCGUGGAGAAUUUUCAAUAAUCACCUAUGUAAUUAUACUAAGAUAUAUUAUACGCUUGCCUAAUUACAUACUUAGCCUAGACUAUUUAUCUUUACAAUAAUUGUGAUAUUACUUUCUUAACUAUGUUUAUCCUAACCCACCCUGUCAACUUUCCCUGUGGGAGGAAACCAGAACACCCGGAGAAAACCCACGACUUUCGGUAGAGCGUUGACUGACUCCUUUCACAUGAGUCCGUAGUGAGUCAUCGAACCCACGAACUCGGAGGUGAAAGGCGCUUGCUCUGGAAUUCCCCCCCCCCCCAAAAAAAAAAAUAACGCCGUAACGUAUAUAACGCCGAACAUGCUGGGUUGGCUGGGCCACAGUAUACAAUCAGAUUGUUAAUACGUUGUAAACGUGUGUUGAGAGACCAAUAAAUAUUGUGUUCAUAAAGCAACGCUGACUUUUAUGUUUCUCGCCAUUUUCUCUAGCUUGCGGCGUACAAGGAAGACUUCAAACUCGAACAUGAAGACAAAGAAAAAAUUCGGUCUGAGAAAAAAUCUUUACAGGAACAAUUGUUUCAAUGUGAACGACAUGUCCAGACUCUCAACCAAGAGGUUCGUCCCAGCACACGUUAUGUAAAUCCGCAUGAUUAUUUCUGUGUUUUCUUCAUAAAUUAUUUCAGCUAUGAUAUCUUUUGUGUUUUCUUCAUAAAUUAUUGAUGAGUUUCACAAAAUAUAUAUUAAAUAAGUUCCAUUUCUUGCUGCAAUAUUUUUUUACAUCAUAGUUAAAUAUCAAUGACGACCACUUCAUUCAUCCUUCUAUCUUAUUCUCUUCAGUUAGAUGUGUACAAAAAAGAGUGCAAAAGACUACAAGAGGAGCAAGAGGGGAAACGACGGGAUAUUAAGAGACAUCCAAGUAUAGAUAGGAGUAAAUCAUACCCUGAAACUAGUUCCCUUUCUUACAAAGAAGACUCUCUUGAUCCCAUGUCAUCCAUAGCAUUACCGCCAUCUAUGUGCAGCAAGCGUGAAGGAUAUUUAAAUCUCAGAGAUUUUAGACAUGAACAAUUAAAAAGGGUAAGUUUUGACACUUCCGGUUGGUCGCUUGUAUUCAAGGGUGUGGUUGACUACAAAUUUUUUGUAGUUCGCUACAACUACAGCUACUUCAAAAAUAUGUAGUCAGCUACAACUACUGCUACUUUUGAACAGGUUGUUCGCCACUGGCUACAGCUACUGCUUAAAAAAUGUAGCGAACUAUUUCGCUACGUUAUAGUUAUUUUUUUAGUUUUACUGUAUUUGGAGCAUCUACUAGCUCAUGCUGAAAUGUAACCUAUAACAAAUCGACUUACGAGUAGCAACAGUAAACACAAAGCAACAUUUUUGUACGCACUACAGUGUUCAGGAGCGCAAAUUGACUGAGUAUUAAUUUUAAGCAAACCUUGUCUCAAUAUCAUGCUGUUCUAUCAAGUUGCUAACAAUUUUGUUUGAAUAGCGAUUCGCUGUUUGAAAAGUAGUCAACUACUUAGCUUAGGCAAAAUGUAGUUCGCUAUAACUACAGCUACUGUUUUAAAAAAGUAGUCAAAAACUACUGGCUACUUGAAAAUUGUAGUUCGCUACAGUAGCGAACUACACCUACUUCGCUACUACCCACCCUUGCUUGUAUUACAUCGUUAAUAUAUAUAUUCUAUUUUUUCCAGGGCAUUUUAGUUCGGAACCCGUCGCAAGGCAGACCUCCGCGGUCGCCAACGUACAACGUUACUACAAGACGAAUGAGCGAUUCAGCCCCACCCUCCCCUCCCACGUCGCCGUCGAUUAACCAAUCGUAUCGCAAGCCCGAGUCCAGCAGAACUUCAUGUCUAUGGUAA